AUGGGUCAUCCAGCAGGUCUCCGCGCAGGAACGCGCUAUGCGUUCUCCAGACAAUUCCGGCAGAAGGGUAUGAUCAAGUUGUCCACCUACUUGCGCCAAUACAAAGUCGGAGACAUCGUUGAUAUCAAGGCGAACGGUGCUGUUCAGAAGGGUAUGCCACACAAGGUUUACCACGGAAAGACUGGCGUCGUCUACAACGUUACGAAAAGUGCUGUCGGUGUCAUCAUCUACAAGAAGGUCAAGCACCGGUACAUCGAGAAGCGAGUCAACCUGAGAGUCGAGCACGUCUCCCUGUCCAGAUCGAGAGAAGAGUUCGUCCGCAGAGUCAAGAAGAACGCCGAGCUGAAGAAGAAGUCGAAGGAGGAAGGCACCCACGUCCACUUGAAGAGACAACCCCUCAUGCCGCGAGAAUCAAGAACGAUCUCGAUGAAGGACAACGUACCAGAGACCGUGGUUCCGAUCGCCUACGAGACAACCAUCUGA